UUGAAUUCCUUUUUCUCUCUACACAUUCAGUUUACUCGUCUCGACGUGCCUGGCGAGGCCGGUCUUCAUAGUGUGCUCAAUUGCGCUGCCUCUGAACUCCAGCGCCUUCGUGAGGCCGGUUCUUCGACUGUCAACCUCUCAUCUCCCGGCGUCCUGAGCAUUUCGUCUCCAGUGACCUCUACCAACGCCUCCGAGGCGUCAACCGGCCACCAAACGCAGCCGCAUAUAGGCGGCCAAAGCCAGCACUGUCUGGCAAGCGGUAAACAGUACAGCCGGGACGACCGGCUUGUCGGUCCGGGACCGACUAGCCAUGCGGUGUCGUCUGCCUCGCGGGGGCAUCCUCUGUCUGGCCCCUGCAAAAGUAUCUCCGCUUCUGCACACUCACUUGCGCCAACAGCAGCCUCCAGGACUUCUACAGCCUCAUCGACUGUUCCCUUAGACCAGCUCGUCAAUGCCGCCGGUACCAGGCAUAACGGAUUUGGUCCGAGUCUGAGUUCAGGCUUGCCUCGGGGACACACUCUGGCCAGUCCGGAGUCGAGUGCCUGCCUUAAUCGCGUCCGUCUGGAGGCCUGUGACGUAAGGUCGACCGGCUCUCUGUUGGACAGCUUUGCUUUGGCAUCGGACACUUCGAGUUGUGUUAAGCCGAUCACUCUCGGCUUGGAUCUCAUCGCCUACAAGCUGACUCAGCUGCAAAGAGACUCGGAGGCCAUCACUAAAAAGGUGAAUUUAUUAACUUACAAGUUUUUGUUCUGGUCAAUAUUGACCAUGAAAUAG